UUUGCAUUUCAUUUUGAUUCAGAGAACAAAAGUACGAUACCACUUUAUAUGGUAUCAAAAUUACAUGGGAAGAGAAAUUAUUCGGUCAUCAAUGUAUGAUAAAAUACUUCCUAUAUUAAAAAAAAAAAAAUAACAUAUUAAUCAUGUGAACGUCUUCGAGUACAUUUAAAAUUUGUCUAAAAUCAUGAUAACAAUCACAAUCACAAUCACAAUCACAAUCCCAAUCUCACACCCUUCCUUGGUCGUAACGCUUCCCCAACCGCCCACGUUCAUCUCCAACCCCACCUUCCAAAUUAGUAAGAGAUUCACAUACAAAUUUCACUCCCACACACACGCACACACAUGCUUUUGCACUAACUCCAACACAUACCCUCCAAACUCCAAAACCCUCUUAUAUUUUAUAUACCCCCAAAACUCUCCUCACAAUCCCACUUCCAAAUUGUGAUCACAACUGGUUAUGCAAAAUGUUCAUAGCUCCUAGCGUUGAACAAAUACUACAAUGCCCUCGAUCUGGGCUAGAGCAAUUCAUGAUGAUGGAGAUGAAGAGACCAUGGAACAAAUCCCAUAUUGAGAUUGCCCCAAACUGCCCUCGAUGUGCCUCUUCCAACACAAAAUUUUGCUACUACAACAACUACAGCCUCUCACAGCCAAGGUACUUUUGCAAAGGGUGCAGGAGAUAUUGGACUAAAGGCGGCUCCUUACGCAACAUCCCCGUUGGUGGCGGCUGCCGCAAGAACCGCCGUGGUAAGGCAGCCAGGCUCUCACAGGCUGACCACGGUUCAUUAAGUUAUUUUCAGCAUCACAACUCAUCAACUACUACUGAAGAUGAUCUGGCCGGAAAUACGCAGCCAGGUGGAUCUAAUGCACCAGAUAUUGAUUUAGCUGUGGUGUUUGCCAAAUUCUUGAACCACAACUCCACUAUCCCUGAUGGUCAUGACCAUGACCCCAACUUGGUAAUUUCAAGUUCAGCAUUGAACGAUCGUGACGGCUCGCAUAAUUCUUCAAAGGCUGAUGAUCUUGUUGAAGCACUUGGUCAUCAUUAUUUACAUGAAGGACAUCAAUCACAAGAAGAAAAUGUUCAAACUUUUAUGGGAAUUAAUCACAAUGAUGAUAUGAACAUUCAUGAAUUUGAGUUACAGGGUUUACUAGGCGAUGAUGAACAAGUGGUGCAAGAUAUGUUUUGGUCCGAUGAUGCAAUGACGUCCUUGACGAGCAGUACUGCUAGUUUUACAUGGCAACCUAUGAUGGAUCCGCAAGAGUUGGACUGUUCACUACCAUCCGACGAUGAUCAAAUGAAGAUAUCGACCAAUUUGUGUGGCGAUAAUUGGAGCUCCUUUGAAUUUUCGGGGUUUGAAGUUUUCUCACGGUCUUAAGUGCAUACAAAUUUACAAGCUUUGAUUAAUUAUUUGUUGUCAAUUUCAUUUAAUUUACAAUUUUUUUCCUAUAUAGUUAGAAGUUUAGUACUGUUACAUUGCCAUGGAAAGGAAUACCAUGGCAGGCAUAUAUAUAUAUAUAUAUACUAAAAUAAUAAAAUAAUUUUUUUUCUCAUAAUAUGUUAUGGAGCGAAUAGUCAAUUAUUACUUUAUUAUUAGUGUUAA